GGCAACAAUUAAGAUAUUUUUUAAAUUAACUCUUCAGUUCCUACUCAAACGCAAAUAGGAUAAAAUGAAGCCACAAUACAAAGUUGCCGACAUCAACCUUGCUGAGUAUGGUCGCAAAGCCAUCAUAAUCGCGGAGAAUGAAAUGCCUGGCCUAAUGGCCAUUCGUAAGAAGUAUGGACCACAAAAGGUUUUAAAGGGUGCACGUAUUGCUGGCUGUCUCCAUAUGACAGUACAAACCGCCGUAUUGAUAGAGACACUCGUGGAGCUGGGCGCAGAAGUUCAAUGGUCAAGCUGUAAUAUAUUCAGUACACAAGAUCAUGCAGCUGCAGCUAUCGCGAAGACUGGCGUACCAGUUUAUGCCUGGAAGGGUGAGACCGAUGAGGAAUACUUAUGGUGCAUUGAGCAGACUCUGGUAUUCGCUGAUGAUAAGCCAUUGAAUUUGAUUCUCGAUGACGGGGGCGAUUUAACUAACUUGGUGCACGAAAAGUUCCCACAGUACCUUAAAGACAUCAAGGGCUUGAGCGAAGAAACCACAACCGGUGUACAUAAUUUGUACAAAAUGAUGAAGGAAGGUCGACUAGGUGUUCCUGCCAUCAAUGUUAACGACUCGGUGACGAAGAGCAAAUUCGAUAAUCUAUACGGUUGUCGCGAAUCGCUAAUUGAUGGUAUUAAGCGUGCCACAGACGUCAUGAUCGCUGGAAAAGUAUGCUGCGUUGCCGGCUACGGUGAUGUCGGCAAAGGUUGCGCACAAGCGUUGCGUGGCUUUGGCGGACGUGUUAUUGUCACGGAAAUCGAUCCCAUAAUCGCUUUGCAGGCUGCAAUGGAAGGCUAUGAAGUUACCACAAUGGAAGAGGCAUGCAAGGAAGCGACUAUUUUUGUAACCACCACUGGCUGCAAGGUCAUCAUCACUGGCGCUCACUUCCUACACAUGCCCGACGAUGCGAUCGUUUGCAACAUUGGUCAUUUCGAUUGUGAAAUUGAUGUAGCUUGGCUUAAUGCCAAUGCCAAGGAGAAGAUAAAUGUUAAGCCACAAGUGGACCGUUAUACACUCUCCAAUGGACGUCAUAUUAUUUUGCUCGCCGAAGGACGAUUGGUAAAUUUGGGUUGCGCGCACGGUCAUCCCAGCUUCGUGAUGUCCAAUUCGUUCAGUAAUCAAGUGCUAGCACAAAUUGAAUUGUGGACUAAAGCUGAAAAGUACAAUGUCGAUGUGCAUAUGUUGCCCAAAAUACUCGACGAAGAAGUGGCCAGCCUGCAUUUGGAGAAAUUGGGCGUAAAAUUGACAAAAUUGUCCGAUGACCAAUCCAAAUAUUUGGGUGUGCCGAAGUCUGGUCCAUUUAAGCCCGACCAUUACAGAUACUAAGGAGACAGUGUAGAUUUUAUCACAAAGGUAAAAAUAUUAUUAUUGAUAUAUAUUUUUGGUGAUACCUAUUUGCUUUUGUUGUAAUUUUUGAUUUAAUAAAACUCAUGAGAAGAAAUAAAGUGGAUGAAAA